AUGAAAUCUCUAGAAGACCAAGUUGUACAGGAAGAACUAGGCUACCAAGAUGAAGAGGAAUCAUUUUUCCAGGACAUUGAUCUGUUACAGAAGCAUGGAAUUAAUGUGGCAGAUAUUAAGAAGCUGAAAUCAGUAGGAAUUUGUACAAUCAAAGGGAUUCAGAUGACAACCAAGCGGGCAUUAUGUAAUGUGAAGGGACUUUCGGAGGCCAAAGUAGAGAAGAUAAAAGAGGCAGCCAACAAACUUAUAGAACCAGGGUUUCUGACUGCUUUUGAGUAUAGUGAGAAGCGGAAGAUGGUAUUCCAUAUUACCACUGGAAGCCAGGAAUUCGAUAAACUCCUGGGUGGUGGGAUCGAAAGUAUGGCAAUCACAGAAGCCUUUGGAGAAUUCCGAACAGGCAAAACUCAACUUUCCCAUACUCUUUGUGUAACAGCCCAACUUCCAGGAGCAGAUGGAUACACAGGUGGGAAGAUUAUCUUUAUUGACACAGAAAACACAUUUCGUCCAGACCGUCUUCGUGACAUUGCUGAUCGCUUCAAUGCAGACCAUGAUGCAGUUCUUGACAAUGUAUUGUAUGCACGGGCUUAUACCAGUGAGCAUCAGAUGGAAUUACUUGAUUAUGUUGCUGGCAAAUUCCAUGAGGAACCUGGCAUCUUCAAACUACUGAUAAUAGAUUCUAUUAUGGCACUCUUUCGUGUGGAUUUUAGUGGUCGUGGGGAAUUAGCUGAAAGGCAACAGAAACUUGCUCAGAUGCUCUCAAGACUUCAGAAAAUAUCAGAAGAAUAUAAUGUGGCUGUGUUUGUGACUAACCAAAUGACCUCUGAUCCAGGAGCAACUAUGACCUUUCAGGCUGACCCCAAGAAACCCAUUGGGGGUCAUAUCCUUGCUCAUGCUUCUACAACAAGGAUUAGUUUGCGGAAGGGAAGAGGAGAAUUACGUAUUGCCAAGAUAUAUGAUAGUCCUGAAAUGCCUGAAAAUGAAGCCACAUUUGCAAUAACUGCUGGAGGAAUAGGAGAUGCAAAAGAGUAGGCUGACUUUAGCAAUAAACAACUGAGAGACUCCCAUCAAAACUAUAGCAAAAGUUACUCAGUUCCUAGUUACUUAUGUUUCUUGUUCCAAAUUUAGAAAAUUCAAAAUAGACAGGCAGCAAUAUGAUUGCUGGAAAUAUUCUGAUCUUUUGAUAUUGCUGGGCAUAUCUACUCUGUGCACAGGACAAGUCAAUCAUGCAUAACCAUCUUUUUCAUAACAGCACUCAUUCUGUGCAGUUAGAGCAUCAAUGCACUGCAGUUUCAAAAGUCUGAAAAAAGUCCAGUCAUCAUGAGAAUCAAGGCUUAUAGAAAGCAUCUCAAAAUACUUUAAGGAUUCUUAAAUACUUCAAGAACCUUUAGUGUAUUAAUUUUAGUUUUAACAUAUAGGGUAGAAUGAAUAUAGGAACUGUAACUGAAAACGAUUGACCAUCAUUUUAAAAGUAAAUUAGUCAACUCUUUAGAUAAGAGUUUCUAGAUAAAGUAGGCUCAAAUGAAAAAAUGGAAAUUGGUUUUACUCAAGCAAUAUUCAUUGUCUGAAAAGUUUAAGCAUUUUGCUUAAUUGUAAUUAAAAUGUCUAUACAUCUACUUCAUGUAAAAUCAU